GCACCCGGCGGGGCGCUGAUGCGGCGCCUGGACCUUCGCUGCGCGGCUUCGGAGGCGUCGGCCGAGCGGGCACUCCGCGAUGCAGCUCUUGAAGGCGCUCUGGGCACUCGCAGGGGCCGCGCUCUGCUGCUUCCUCGUCCUGGUGAUCCACGCGCAGUUCCUCAAAGAAGGUCAGCUGGCCGCCGGCACCUGUGAGAUUGUGACUCUGGACCGGGACAGCAGUCAGCCGCGGAGGACAAUUGCCCGGCAGACGGCUCGCUGCGCAUGCAGAAAGGGGCAGAUCGCGGGGACCACGAGGGCACGGCCCGCCUGUGUGGACGCACGCAUCAUCAGAACGAAGCAGUGGUGUGACAUGCUCCCCUGCCUGGAGGGGGAGGGCUGUGACCUGCUCAUCAACCGGUCCGGCUGGACGUGCACACAGCCUGGAGGGCGGAUAAAGACGACCACGGUCUCCUGACACACGCAGCCCCCGCGGGCCCAGCAGUGGUCUCGGCUCCCUGGAGAGCCCGCACCUCGGCCAAGGUCAUCCUCCUCUGUGGAUGUCACCGAGCUCCACACCUGCCUGCCGGCUCCUACGGCCUGGUCCUGACGGCCUCGUUCCUGGCACUCAGCGCCCUGGUCUCUCUGGCUGAACCCAGGAGACUGGGACUUGGACACACAGGUGAGGGCGGCACAGGGCAUCAGUGGUCUGCGGCCCGGGGCGCCCAGCCGCGCCCCACCUGCAGCAGUCGCGCUGACCUUGGCGCAGGAGAACAAGGACCAGGAGGAAGCUGCCGUCCCGCCAGCUGAGCCAGGACACCUUCCAGGAGUGUCGGGCGCUGGAGUCGCCACCUCUUGGGCCCCAGACUGUCUGAAUCACUUUUAUUUUCUUAUACUUUCAGUAUACUCAAUAGACCAAAGAGCAAAAUCUAUUUUAACGUGGACGCACCCCUACUGUCUGAGUCCUGGGACAGCGUGGGUGGGAGGGCACGGGCCGAGGCUGCCUUGGAGAGGACGGGGUGCCCACGACUGAGGCCCUGCCUCACAUGCGGAGUCACACCCAGGAGGAUGGCGAGUGGAGGAGGACAGCGCCACGGCAACCCUGCGGGACCCAGCGGGGACACAGCCGGGGACAGCCGCCACGCGGACGGCGUGGACCCUGGGGGACACGGACCCACUCCUUCUCCAUGCUUAGACCGACUCGAUCGUACUAAAAUCACUUUCUGUUUUAACCACUUAAACAUGCCUCUUCUUCAGCUCCAUGUCUGAUAGUUGGAUAAUCCAGUAUUCGCCAAGAGCAUGUUGGUCUCCCGUGACUGCUGUCUCAUCCGAUACGCCAUUUAGCUCCAGAAAGCAAAUUAAAGGAAACUGAAGUAACACUUGUUUGAAAGAGAUCAUUAAAUGUAUUUUGCAAAGCCUAAAGUUAUAUAUUUAACAGUUUUUAUAUGUUGUAUAUUUGUAGAAAAUCCUAUUUAACCAUUAAUGUGGCAGCCUGGUCGUCCCCUGGUCAUCCCCUGCUUUGGGGCCCGGCCCUGCGGUUCCCAGAGACACUGUGGGGUGGGCUGCAUGGGGCCCAGGGCCAGGCAGGCAGGGCAGGACUCCAGGAGGCAGCUGAGGGCCAUGGGCCCGAGCCCUGUCGGCCCCCGGCCAGCGCCCGGAGACCGGGCUUCUCUGCUUGGUUUGGGUUGGUGGCUGAAGCCCUUGGUCUGUGGCUCGGGCAGUGGUGGUCAGGCCUGUUGCAGAAGCUUCUCUUUCUCCCCUGUACCACCCAUAGGUCUCGAGGCCCAUGUGUGCUCGGUUCCUCCUUCUACAGUGCUGUCCCCUCAGCCCAGAGUGUCCGCAGGGGACAUCACGGAGGCAGGGUGGGCGGUGGCAUGGGCCCAAGACACCAUCCUCCGAGUGCUCCUGCCCGGUGGGGCUGGCAGCGGGGCUGGCGGAGGGCAAGGGGCAGGGAUGCCCACCUGCCCUGCCGAGAGCCCCCGCUUCCUUUCCUUUAUUUUCCUGACUUCUGCUAAAGUAUACUACCUACGAGUCCAAUUAACACGAGUAUUAUGCCAGAUCUAUGCUAAUGAAAAAGUAAAAAAAAAACCAUAUAACUGCAGUACCUAGAUGCUGUCCCAGCAACGUGGACUAAAGAUGGGAGAGAAGGGCCCACUUGCCCAAGGCCUGGCCUCAUGGCUCUAAUCCUGCUUCCCCUUGGCAGCCGCACAGUGAGUGACGCGAUUCGUGCCGGACAGAAGGGCGGGGGCAUGGGUCCCCCACGGAGUGGGACCCGAAGCACACUGCCCUGCAACCCCCUCCGCCGGCUGGUCUCCCUCCUGCUCCGGGGCGGGAUACGAGGGCCCCUCACGUCCUCCUGCCAGCGCCCCACAGCCUCCCCCUCAGAUUCCUCUGAAAGCAAGUGUAGGCGUUCACUCCGGGGGGAGAGACCGGGAGAUUUCAGAUGUGACA